AACUACCCAUAUGCAUAUCUGAUAAUCUCUUAAUUAAUCUCUCUCUACAAUAUGAAUAUAUGAAUAUCCACCUUAAUCUGUUAACCGUUAACUCUCAUUUCAUUUCUCUCUUACUCUAACCACUCUCAUUUUCUCUCUCUUAAUUUCUUCUCUCUCUCUUCAUCCGCCAUUAAAGAGCUAAGCUUCAAAAUGAAGAAGCAAAAAUCAACAAUGGUGGAAACAAAUCUCUUCGAUCUACUAAGCGAAGAAAUCAUCUUCAUCAUCCUUGAUUACCUCAACCAUAACAAUCCACAAGAUAAGAAAUCAUUCUCUUCAGUAUGUAAAUCGUUUUACUCUAUCGAAUCUAAACAUCGAAGAACCCUAAAACCUCUUCGUUCUGAACAUUUACCUUCAAUUCUUACUCGUUUUCCUCAUAUUUCGAUUUUAGAUUUAACUCUUUGCCCUAGAAUCACCGAUUUUUCUCUCUCUAUUAUUGCUUCAACGUGUGCUAAAUCUCUCCGAUUCAUCGAUUUGUCGAGGUCCAAGUUUUUCUCCGGGAAUGGAUUGGCGAUUUUGGUCGCGAAUUGUAGGAAUUUGACGGCGUUGGAUUUGACAAAUGCGACGGAAUUGCGUGACGCAGCUGCGGCGGCGAUUGGCGAAGCGAAAAAUCUGGAGAAGUUGUGGUUAGGGAGGUGUAAAUUGAUUACUGAUAUUGGAAUUGGAUGUAUUGCUGUUGGUUGCCCUAAAUUGAAGAUGAUUAGCUUAAAAUGGUGUUUAGGAAUUGGGGAUUUAGGCGUUGAGUUGGUUGCUGUUAAGUGUAGAGAGCUUCGGAGCUUGGAUCUUUCCUAUUUAACGAUCACGAGUAAAUGUUUACCAGCUAUAUUGAAGUUACAGUACCUUGAGGAAUUGAUUCUCGAAGGAUGCUAUGGGAUUGACGACGAUAGCCUCACCCUUCUGAAGCAAGGGUCCAAGUCACUGAAGACUCUUGACAUGUCAAGUUGCCAGAAUGUGAGCGAUACAGGCUUGUCUUCAUUAACAAGCGGGACUGGCUGUCUUCAGCAACUGACAUUAGCAUAUGGUUCUCCUGUCACUCUUGACCUUGCUCGUAGUUUGCAGAGGCUGUCUAAACUGCAAUCCAUCAAACUAGAUGGUUGUGUAGUUACAUGUUCUGGUCUUCAGGCCAUUGGUAAUUACUGUGCUUCAUUACGGGAACUGAGCCUGAGUAAAUGCUCUGGCGUGACUGAUGAAGUGUCUUCCUUGGUUAAGAAACAAAAGGAGCUCCGAAAGCUAGAUAUUACAUGUUGUCGGAAGUUAACUUGUGUAUCCAUUGCCCAGAUUGCGUAUUCUUGCGCGUUUCUCACAUCUCUGAGGAUGGAGUCUUGUACUCUGGUUCCUAGAGAAGCCUUCGUUCUUAUAGGUCGGAGAUGCCAUCUUCUGGAGGAGCUUGACCUUACUGAUAAUGAGAUAGAUGAUGAAGGUCUAAAGUCCAUCUCCAAGUGCUCAAAACUAUCGAUUCUUAAACUUGGAAUCUGCUUGAAUAUAACUGAUGAGGGGCUGAGUUAUAUAGGCAAUCGCUGCUCUAAGCUUGUGGAACUUGACUUGUACAGAUCUAUGGAUAUUACAGAUUCAGGCAUCACAGCCAUUGCCCGUGGUUGUCUUGUUCUAGAAAUGAUCAACAUAUCAUACUGCAAAGGCAUCACAGAUGCUUCGUUGAUAUCGAUGUCAAAAUGUGCAAACUUAAACACAUUAGAAUGCCGAGGAUGUCCUCUUAUAAGUUCUCUAGGCAUAGCAGCUAUUGCAGUUGGAUGUAAGCACCUCACUAAGUUGGAUAUAAAGAAGUGCUACAACAUUAAUGAUUUUGGAGUUCUACCUCUUGCUCAUUUCUCUCAGAAUCUUAAAGAGAUUAAUCUGUCAUGCACAUCAAUCACAGACGUUGGCCUGUUGUCCCUUGCCAGCAUAAGCUGUUUACAGAGCAUGAUCAUAUUGCACUUGAAAGGAUUGAGCCCAAGAGGUCUAGCAGCAGCCUUAUUAGCCUGUGGAGGGUUGACAAAAGUUAAGCUUCACUCGUCAUUCAAAUCUUUGCUUCCACAACCACUUUUUGAACAUCUAGAAGCACGUGGCUGUGUGUUCCAAUGGAGAGAGAAAAUGUUUCAGGAUGAGUUAGAAGACUCCAAGUCUUGGAAACUGCAACUUGCAGAAAUGAACAAUGACUCCUAAAACUAAUCUUGCUUGAAAGAUGAUGACCAUGAUCUUGGAUUACAUACUUGUCCGAGGAUAAAGCUGAGGGGAUUUUAGGGGUGUCACCGGAUGGCCCAAAGUUCAGACUUCAAAGUUUAGUUCAAAUUUGUCGGACUGGAUUAGACUCAAAAAGGGUUGGAUUGUAUUUAGACUAAAUAAAUUUCGGGUCCCUAAUAUCGUGUAUUGGUUUGGGCUCACCUUUGGAAGUUCAAAGUCCAACCUUGAUCCAAAGUUGUAAAAAGAAUACUUCUAUGAUAUUAUGAAAAUCUGCUCCAUAUCCUAAA